AUUGCUCAAUUCCGUAUUUGAAAAUCCAUCAGUGCUCUUAAUAGCUUUCGAAGCAAGUGAAGAUAUUUAAAUAAAGAGUAAUAACAAAAAGGAAGAAAACAAAGAAACCCCAAAGAAAAGUCUAGAAAAGUGCCUGAAACCAAAUGUGUUUGCCCUGAAGUUAAAUCCCUUAAAAUCCCCUUCGCCGGCUUUAAUUCCCCCAAAGCCCCUAUUUCACCUGUUCCCACCUUUAAUCGACACAAUAAUUCCUUAACAAAAACAAGCACAUGAGUUGGAUUAAUAGGAGUCAACUGGAAUAGGCCGAAGCACCCCGGAGCACAGCUGCAAAUAUUAUGGAAAAGGCGAAGGCAUAUAUCAAAAAUGAACUUCGCGGUGGCAGCCAGCAAUCCGAGCCAGCAACCACGCCCACACCGACCUCGCCGGCCUCGUUGCCCGGAACUCUCCCAGCGUCCAAGCAGCCCUUUCCGCCCGUGGAGCUGAUGCCCUCACCCGGAGCAGCCGCCCAUCGGAGCAGCCGGACACCUGGCGAGCAGUAUCAGCACCUGGGUUAUCAGCCGCAUCCCGCACAGCAUUACUAUCCGGGAGGAAAGUCGACGGGCAGGGCCUCAGCACCACCCGAUAAUCAUCAUGUGCCCAUGAACAUUUGCUUUGUGUGCGGAGGACAUGGUGGCUAUGAGCCGCAACCUUUGAGGAUUCGCCACAAUGCGGAGCGUCCUGCUGAGUCAUAUUUCCCCUUUCUGGAGCGCCACGAGCCCCCCAAUGGGGUGGCAGGAGUGUCAGCCGGCCAGGAGUAUGUGUGGGCCUGUAUGCUCUGCUUUCGUUCCCUCAACGAGCAAUGGGAUGCCUACGAGCGACAGAAGAAACCGCUGCUGCAGCGCAUCUACCAUAUGAAGCGGGUGGAUGGAAAGGGCUAUAUAGGUGCCGAUGUGGCCACGCAAAGCGAGUAUGCCGCCCAGGUUUUGGGCUUGAGUGCCGAGCAUCUCACCCAGAAUGGUCUGGUCGAAGGGCAUGGAGAUCCCUACGCCCUGGCACGGCACUACUCGCCGCAGCAGCAGCAGCAGUCACACCAUCACCACCAACACAGUACCUCAAGGAAUGCCUCACCCUCGCCAAAUCCCAGUGGUGGGGAUUUUUAUCCCAGGAAUUCGACGCCGUCGAGCAACCACAACAGAUACCUGAGCAGGCCACAAUCUCGGGAUAUGCCUGUGGCCUCGCCCAACUCCCGGCCGCCCAGCGAACCGCCGGCCACGAAAUCCGCCGGCUAUGCUCAGCAGAAGUUCAAGCUGAGCUCGGCACCGCCGCCGCCGCCUGGUUAUCAGGGACAGGCGCAGUAUCAUCCCGCCCAGUAUCAGCAGCUGCAGCAGCAGACGGCUGCCUAUCAUUUGCUGCAGCAGGUGAAUCCUGCUUCUGGCGGAGCAGGAGCAGAGUCGGCCCACUACAAGGGUAGUCCGUACAGUGCGUUGCCCUCACCUGGACCCCCUGCACCGUCCACACUUGAAGAUGACAAUGCCACCGUGCUGGAUUUACGAAACUCCUCCAGUUCCAGCGCCCCGCCGGCACCUCGUCUCGGCAGCAGCAGCAGUUCGUCGGUCUCGCAGCCAAGUCAACCGCAAUCGGAAGUGGGAAUCCUGGACCUAUCCAUGCCGGACAAGAACUCCAUCACCGAGGUGUGCUACGUGUGCGGCGAUGAGCAGCGCCGAGGCAGCCUCAUAGAGCUGAGUACGGUGAAGCCAAGGGAGACCGGAAGACCGGGACAGUCGGUGCCGUAUUUUCCCCUCUUCAACGAACAGCAUCCGAGGCCAGCGCGCUCCCGACCAAAGGAUCCCCGCGGCAUGAUCCAGGCCUGUCUGCCCUGCUACGAGGACCUCAUGCAUCAGUGGAAUGCCCACCAGGCAUCCCAUAAACCGGAAUCGGAGCGAUCUUAUCAGCUGCGAAAACGCUCGACGCCCGUGGCCGAAAGAACCACUUUCGUUUGCUACACCUGUGGAACGGACACGCCCUCGUCGCAACUUCGCCUUGUCUACUGCUGCCCAAAUGCCGAAAGGGAACCCUACUAUCCAUUCAUUAAGACAAUGAAAGUCUACAAAAACGCUAGUCCAAUUAGCCCUCAAGGCAUGGUUCAGGUCUGUUCCACCUGCAAUGAGAAGCACACCGGCUUGGCGGAGGGUGGUCCACCUCCAGCUACCUCCAGCAUUCACUCGGCAGCGGGUGGAGGUUCUCCCAGUGCUGGUCACUCCCUGGAAUCCAACUCGGCCAUGUAUAGUGCUAGUGGAGCGAUAGCAGGAAAUAGUGGGGCCCAAUUCGGAGGUCGUAAUUCGCCAUCCGAGAAAUCCCUGGCCAAUUCGGACUCCACGAGUAAUGUGCGGUUUAGGCCCUACGAGACGAACUCGAACAAUUCCAACUCAAACACGGCACGCGACCUCAAGCAGAUUCGUCGCAGCGACUCGCGUCCCAAUUCGCCGAGUUCCAGCCAAGGAGCCAUCGAGAAUGGGCAUGGACAGUAUCCUUGCUCCAUUUGCAAAGUGCUGUGCCCGUCAAACAAAAUGGAUUGGCUGUCCACCAGUGCCGAGCACAUGAACUCCCAUGCCAUGCACUUUCCCUGUCUCAAGGCCAAUGCCGUAACCAGCAAUAAUAAUAAUAGUAAUACCAAUAAUAACAACAACAAUAACAUCAACAACAACAACGAACUAAACAGCAAUCGCGUGCUGGCCUGCAAGGACUGCAAGGAUUACUUGGCCAGCCAGUGGGAGUCGAUGGAUGCGGAUCGAGUUCCCCUUGAGCACAGAAGAUACAACAUUCCCUCGCCCAUGCUGACCGCCAGCUCACCAAACGGAUCUCGGCACGGCGCCAUGAGCAUCAACACUCCGCCCUCCACGCCAUCCAUUUCAUCAUCGACGCCUGCCAGCACAUCCAUCUAUUGCUAUCUCUGCGGCCUGCACUCGGACUUGACGUUAGCCAGGGUUCUCUAUGCCAGUAAAGAGGGCUCGCGUCCGUAUUUCCCACUGUUGCUCAAACACAACUCGUUACCUAAUGCCGAGCAGCUAAGAAAUAAUUCGGCCUUGGUGUGCACCUUUUGUUACCAUUCCAUGUUGAAUCAGUGGCGCAAGUAUGAGGCGCAAAGUCCCAGCGUGAAUCCAGUGGAUCGCAAGUACAAUUGGCACGAUUACAACUGUCACCUGUGCGGAAUUACAACAUACCGGAAGAGAGUACGGGCGCUACCCGUCAACGAGUUUCCCUUUGUGAAGCACCAGAAGAGCGAUGAUGGUCUGCUGUUAGAGAACGGAGAAUACGCGGUCGUCUGUCUGGACUGCUACGAGAGUUUGAGACAACAAGCCUCACAGCACGAUCGCUUUGGGGUGCCCAUUUCCAGGCGGGCCUACAACUGGGUGCCACAACCACCUCCGCCGGAGGAUAGUCCCGAAUCCGCAGUGGCCCGCUUGCCCUGUGGCGAGCGCUCCGAUCGCAUUCACAUCAACAAUGCCAUGAGGCCCGUGCCAGGGAAGAAGACCACAUCGCCGAAGCAGUACGACAAGUCAAAAGAAGUGCCGCCGAAGGCUGGUCAAAAGCGUCCGGCCACCAGUCCAGCACCGCACAUUCCCGUGCCGCACCACCUGCAGACGCCUCCCGGCGGCGGAGGUGGCGGCUUGCCGGGCUCAUCGGUGGCCAACAGCCCGGUUCCCUCGUCCGCCGGCGGCAACGCCAUGCUGAACCACGCCCUGCCCAGCAACCACAUCGGCACUCCGUCGCCGCAGCAGCAGCAUCACCAACAGCAGCAGCAACAGCAACACCAACAGCAGCAGCAGCAGCAACACCAGGCUCAACAGCAGGCGGUGGCGGCUGCAGUGCAGCAACAGCUGGCCGCCGGAGUGGGUUUGCCACCGGGGGCCAUUGGUGCCGCCUCGGCCAGUAGCCGUGGCUCCUUUGCCGCCGCCCUGCGAACGCUGGCCAAGCAGGCGGACAUCAAGGAGGAGGAUGUGCCCACCUCGGGGGCAGGAGGACCACCACCUCCGUCGUCGUCGGGUCCGGGACCUCUUAACUCGGUGGCGGGACGCGUGGGCUCGGAGCGACCUGGCGAGGAUCGAGUGGCGAGCAGCAAGAAGCGUUCACCACCAUCGCCGCAGCCGCCGGAGAAGAUCGCCCGACUGAGUCACACUCCGCAGACGGCCUCGCUGCAACCGGAACUCUUGGCCAGGAGCGGAUUCCAGCCAUACAGAUCGGACGAGCGACUGAUGCAUCCGGCGGGCGCCUUUCCCCUGGAGGCCUACUCGCACUUUGCGGGGCUGCCGGGAAUUCCGCCAGCAGCCUUUCUAAAUCCCGCUGGUCUGCCGUACACGGAGCAGCUCUACCUGGAGCACCGAUACCAACUGUUCCGCGCCGCCGGCGCCCAUCCCUCGCAUCCGCAUGCGGCCGCCUUGUAUCCGCAGAUGGCCUCGCCCUACUCCCACCUGUACUCGAUGAUGCCCGGCGCCGCGUUGGGCAUAUCGCCGGCUAUGCACGACCGGAUGAAGCUGGAGGAGGAGCACCGGGCGCGGAUAGCGCGGGAGGAGGAGCGCGAGCGGGAAAUGCAGCGUGAGAAGGAGCGGGAGCUGCGGGAGCAGCGUGAAAAGGAGCAAAGGGAGAAGGAGCAGCGGGAGAAGGAGCAGCGUGAGCGGGAGCGGGAGCAACGCGAGAAGGAGCAGCGGGAAAAGGAGGCACGCGAGCGGAAACUCCGCGACGAGGAGCGCGAGAGGGAGCGGGAACGGCAGCAGCUGCUGAAUGCCUCGCACCACUACUCCAAUCAGUUGUACUCGCCCCUGAACCGCAAUCUGCUGGGCUCCAUGAUUCCACAUCUGAAUAUGAGCUUGCGCGGACCUCCGGGAGCCCUGCAUGGUCUGCCCGGAAUGUCGCACUACCACGCAGCGGCGGCGAAUGCCCAGCGACAGAGUCCCCACGGAGCCAUGGGUCUUAAUUUGGGCAUGGCCGGGCUGCCGGGAGUUCCUCAACUGGGCGGCCACGGGCCCAAUCUACAGCAUCACCUGCAGCAGGCGGCCAUGGGGCUGGCUCAUCCCGGUGCUGCUGGGCUCACGCAUCCCGGCUUCUCGGCCGCUGCCCUCGGGCUGAGUGCCCAUCCGCACAGUCUGAACCUCAGCCAUCCGCACAUGUCGCCGCACCAUCCCGCCUCGCUGGCCCACCAGUUGCCACCGCACACCUCGUCAGCCGGCGGAGGCGGAGGCCUGAGCAACUCCAUUCCCGUGACGGCCAGCUCCAGUUUGUCCGCAUCCUCACCGCACUCGCAUAGCAGCUUGAACCUAACGGCCGCCGUGAAGCUGAGCGCCGAUCAGGUGCCCACCUCGAUGCCCAGCGGUGUCACCACCACCACCUCCAGCUCGCACAUUCCCAGCAUGGGUUCCUACUACCACCACGGCCAUUUGGCGGCCAUGCAUGCGGCUGCGGCGGCGGCCAGCGGAAUGACUCCGACGGCAGCCCACCAGCAGCAGCCGUUGUCGCUGCCCAGUUCGCCGAAGAUUACGCCCCCCAUCACCCCAUCUGCCUCGGCGAACGGAGGAAGAGCAGGCGGUAGCCCACAUGCCAUGCGGCAUCAUAUUGCCGCUGCGGUGGCGGCGGCAGCCCAGCAAUCAGCGCUGAUUGACAAGGCAGCCACGCCGGUGACCCAUGAGCCGGCCACCUUGGAUUUGACCGGAUCAAAUUCGAACUCCAGCAACCAGGCGCCAUCCAACGCAAGCAGUGGUCAGCCGGCGAAUCACGAAGUGAAUGGAGCCGAAUCCAAUGGAGCAUCGCAGGCGGAUAGCAAGGAACAAAGCAAAGAGGAUCCCCUUAAGAGUUCUCCGCCUCCGGUGGCGCUGGAAAAGAAGCCAUCGACGCCAAAUGCCGCCAUGGAGAAACCCAUCCAUCCGGACAGCUCACCGGAGAACUCCUCGCGGCGCAGUGCCAGUCCGCAGUCGGAGACCAACAACUCGCUACCGGCGGCCAGUGCCACUGCAGCCGCAACAGGUAAAUGCCAAGAGGAGACCCCAAAGAUUCUAGACUCGGACAAGACAGACAUCGUAGCGGAGGAGGAGAAGCAGCAAGCCAGGCUAUCGCCGGCACCAGCUCCUCCGAAGACAGCGGUCGCCUCACCGGACACCGUGUCCACCUCCGGCGGGGUGACCUCCACCACCAGUGGCACCACCCCGCCGCCGGUGGUCAGCAGCAGCACCAGCGGUGCCGGCAAGGCGCCGCUCCUGACCAGCGACGAGGUGUCCACCAGUGCCGAGCCCACCAGAUGAUGAUCCCCUGGCGGGAGUGGGUCGGGCUUAGGUUUAAGUUUAAUGAAAAGUCGCCUCGGAUCGGAACUAGUUAACAUCUACCUUCAGUAACAUUUAACUAUGCGAUAAUCUAGUUGUUAGUCACGCAUCUUUAUCUUUAUUUAUACAAGAAUUUGUAAUGUAUUGCCAGCGCCGCUUAGAUCCAAUUCUAAAUGUUUUAAUCCUUAGUUAUUAUUAUUAUUUCCCUAUUUAAAUGUAUACUUUUAGAAAUGGCCUAAAUAAAUAAUUUUUGUUUACAAUUA